ACAACAGCAUUCAAUGCCUAAAGACGCGAAAAUCGGAAAAACUGAAAAAAUAAAAUCAAUGAUAAGUAAAUAAAAUACUUAAAGUAUAACAAAAACAAAAGUGUGGAGUCAGUACACAGAAAAGUGUAACAAACCGUAGAAAGUGUGCCAAAUUGAAGUUGUACGCACACAAAAUUAAUUCCUUAGUGUAGAUACAACAAAAAUUUUUAGUAACUUUAAAUUGUUUGGUUGUUUGGAUAUGUGCCAUAUGUGUAUCGCUUGAGUAAGCCAAAGACUAGUGUAGUAUAUUGUUGUGCACGUGAGGCAGCAAGUGAUAAGAAAACAAUAAGAAAACAAAGUUUUGAUAACAAUUUUAAUUGGUAGUGGAGCGCGUCUACACACACAUACUUGAGGCAAAGGCAAGCACAAAGGCGCACAAAGGCACACAAGUUAAAAUACAAAAAAGCACGCACAAUGAGUGAAAUUGUGGAAUUAAAUGUCGGUGGGGUACACUACACCACCACAUUCGAGACGCUGUUGCAGGAGAAGUCAUCAUUGUUGCAUGAAUUAUUUAGCAGUAAGAACGGUUUAGUCAAGGACAGUAAAGGACGCUACUUUCUCGAUCGUGAUGGUGUGCUGUUUCGUUAUAUACUGGAUUUUUUGCGUGACAAGCAGCUCAACUUGCCUGAAGGUUUUCGUGAAAAACAACGUUUACAAAAGGAGGCCGAGUAUUACAAAUUGAGUGGCAUCUUGGACUGCAUACGCGGCGAACGUGAAUCACGUCCACCGGGCUGCAUUACGAUUGGUUAUCGGGGCAGCUUUCAAUUUGGCAAGGAUGGUCUGGCCGAUGUUAAGUUUCGUAAAUUGUCACGUAUUCUUGUGUGUGGACGUGUGGCGCAAUGUCGUGAAGUGUUUGGCGAUACACUAAACGAAUCACGUGACCCAGAUCAUGGCGGUCCCGAUCGUUACACGUCACGUUUCUUUCUCAAACACUGUUUUAUUGAGCAAGCCUUUGAUAUGUUGCACGAGCAAGGCUUUCGAUUGGCUGGUAGCUGUGGUUCAGGAACUGCUGGCUCUGCGGCCGAACCUAAACCUGGCGUAGAUGCAGAAGAAAACCGAUGGAAUCACUAUAAUGAAUUUGUCUUUAUACGAGACUAAACAGCAAUGGCAGUUUAAAUUCGUGGGUACCAGUUUUUAUGUAUUUAAGUAGUUGAAGAAGUGCUGAUAUUGAUAAUACUGAUGAUAUUGAAGAUACUUUAAUGUUAAUUUUUAGUAAAUAUAUUUUAGCAAAAAUGACUACUACUAACAGCAAACAAUAAUGCACACAAUACUUUAAAGCAUUGUUGCGCUUGCUAUUAGUAGCGUGUUAUAUAGAAAACGUAUGUCCGCUGAUAAGAAGUAACACAAACCAUUGACCGUCGCUAUACAAAACCUAUAAACCUAUAAAAAGAACUAUAAAAAAAAUAUUUAUCAACUGUUGUGUGUAUGGCACCAAAAUCAGUGCAGAUAUAUUUUUAUUUUUAUAAUUUUAAUAUUUUUAUGAGCAUAAACAGCAAUUGCCAUAUAAUUUGUUUUACGCCAUAACUCCCCUUUUCCUCUGUUUGAACUCAAACAUUCGCACAUACAUACAUUACUUGAGAUACUUCUCUGUGGUGUGUGAGUGCAAUUAUACGUAGCCACUGUUGCUAUGCCCAAGCAAAAAUUUUUGUUCAUUUUUUACAAGGAUGUCGGGAUUGUAUAGGGAUGCUCAGUGUUUGAUUUAUGACUAAAGUAAUUGCCAUGGACUUUUUAUCACUGAUAAAUGUAGCAAAAAAUGAACAACUAAAAUAUAUAUAAAAAUGUAUGUAUUUUAAAAUA